GGCUUCGCUAGUUUCCUCAACCAAACACUCAACUGAUAUUGUGUGAUAAAAACUGGAAGUUAGCCGGUGGACGGGGGGCUAUUCAGUCAGAAAAAGCACACGAACAAAGCGGCCCUCGUCGUUGUAAACAAACCCAGUCGUUUUUGUGCUGAAACGUUUCUUAUUAGCGAAGAAGACGGCGAAAAUAUUUGCUUUUAAAGCUACCAAAGGCUGGUUUUUAUUUUGCUGUGACUGUCGUAAGGCGGGGAAUACAAAGCGACGUGUGGUCAAAUCCAUUACAUUUUGGACUCAUUGAAGCAAAAACGGGAUUACUACAAAGCCAGUUCGUGCUGCUGUGACUGGUCAGCGAUAGUACAUGGAUUAUCUGUGUUUCCGGGCACUGUGCUGUAAAGGACCCCCGCCGCCAAGACCAGAGUAUGAUGUGGUGUGCAUUGGCCUGACAGGUGCUGGAAAGACCAGCCUGCUCUCACGCCUCUGUAGUGAGGGCAGCGACGGCAUCGUUCCUACAACAGGUUUCAGCAUAAAAGCAGUGCCAUUUCCAAAUGCCAUCUUGAAUGUAAAAGAACUUGGAGGAGCCGACAACAUCAAGAAAUAUUGGAGUCGUUACUACCAGGGAUCACAGGGUGUAGUCUUCGUAUUGGAUAGUGCUUCAUCGGAUGAGGACCUUGAGGCAGCACGUAACGAGCUCCACUCGGCCCUGCAGCACCCGCAGCUCUGCACACUGCCUUUCCUCAUCCUUGCCAACCACCAGGACAAGCCUGCUGCAAGGACGCCAAACCAGGUCAAGAAGUACUUCGAGCUGGAGCCGCUGGCCAGAGGGAAGCGCUGGAUCCUGGAGGGAAGCUCCACCGACAACUUGGAAGCAGUGAAGGAAAGCUUUGGUCAGUUCAUUAGCCUGUUGGAGGACAAAGACACAGAGCCUGCAAGGAUAUGAUGCUAACGUUGCUAAUGCUAGAGACAUUAGCGGCUAACGACAAAGAAACACAACAUCCUGCUGGUGCCCAUGCCCACACACUCAUAGACACAAACAUGCACACACAAGAAAACACAGCAGAUGUUGGCCUCUCUCUCUUUGAAACGUGUAUUGUAUGUGAUCCUCCCUUCACUGUGCUCUCAUUUUUCAAAUUGGAAGAGUGUGUGCGCACAAGUCAGCCACUACAACCCGACAGAGGAGAGCAGCCAUUAAACCCACGCAAUGUAAAGCAGUUUGUCAAGAGAAAUCAUUGAACUUUGCCAGCAAUGGAAAUCUUGUUUACUACUGUAUAUGCCAUGUUAUUAAAGCAAUGGCAUGUGUGACAUAUGGCAUUCCUUCAGUCAUCAUUGGACACGGACACACACACAGACACACACACACCUCACACACACACACACUCACACACACACACACACACACACACACAUACACACACACACACACUGUCACUCACAAAGUGGAGCCCAGGUUGUCUGUAGAUAUGUUUAACAUCAGUAAUUACUCUACAGGAUGGGUGGGCUCGGUUGAUGUUCCUUCCUCUGAGAAGUACUGUAUGGCUGUCGAGUGUGCUUCUUCCGUUUGACUCCAUAACAACGCCUGUCGUUGUGCGAUUGGGAGUCCGAAGCCUUGUGUUAUGUACGGUAGUUACAUAUCGGUGUGUCGCACCGUGUCUGAAUAUCUAAUCUGAAUAGUGUAGUCUGAGUAUCUCAUGGAGUAUUAUGUACAUGCAAAUAUGCGUAUUGCUGUGUACCCUCCUGUGCAGCCAUACACAAGUACUACUAAUCCUGUGACUAAGUAAGUGCUAGGUUCCUUUGUGGAGACCAUUUGGAGAAAGCGGAAACAAGUCUGAAUGCUUUUUAUAAAUGUACAACUUAGGAUAUAUUUUAUAGCUCUGUAUCUUAACCUCGUAGAGCUACGUUCAGAUUUUUUAUAAAUCAUACCACACUUAUGAAUUCUUUCAAAUCAAAGACCAAAAUAUAAAAAACGAACGCAAUGAUUGAACGGGCUGAAUGUAGCCUCAAGGUAGAGAAAUGUGAUGGAUUAAGUUUCAUUUCAGUGUUCAGCAAAUGUCAUGUUUGUUUUAGUUUUUCUACAUUUUUACUGUAUUUUUCUUUUGAAUUUGCCAAUAUUCACUGUUCACACUGUGUAGCGCCUCCAGUCUCCCAUCAGGGUGGAAUACAAACUCUAUCAAUCAGCCACAGCAACAGCUGCAUCUGACAAGUCCCUAAUGCCUUCCAACUGUCUGCGAAGACCCCUCCCUGUCUGCUGUUUAUCGCGGACCCCCGCCCCGCCCCACCUCAUCCCAACCCGUCCCAACCAACACUACCCCUCAGCUCCAGCUCCGCUCCCUGUACCCAUUACUGCUCACCUCAGUGGGGUUUUCAUUCCCACAUGCCAUGGUUCAGCCCGGCUGCCCUCGUGUGGACCCCACACCUCUAAAAUGAGUCGUAUUCAUUGUGCCAUAGGUGUGUGCUUGACCCAAGAUGUGCUGCCGUUAUGUUCACACCUCUUCCACGCGUGCUUUGUAUUUCUGUUGUUGUUGUUUUGUUCAGUAUUGUGUCAGGUUUUUAGCGAGUUAAUCACUUUUUGUAUCUGACGUGAGAUCUGCCAGGUAGUUUUUUUUACAGUCUGGACCGAUCGGUGCAUUCGAUUGCUUGAAUGCAAAAUAAAUUUGUCGUUGGACUUUGCAUAUCAUCUGCUCACACAUAGGUUUUAAAAUAUUCACUGCAUUCUUUUUAAUCAUGCAUUUUGUCUCAAAUGGCAAUUAAAGUUUUGAAAAUUCAAA